CGCCUGAACCAAUCAGCCGUCUAGUGUUGCCUCUCCUGAUUCUUAAUUGGUCGCCGCUCUUUGAGUGAGUGCGCUGCUUUUCAGUGCCACACAGUGGGGAAGAGACGGGAGACUGCCGAGGACCAUCUGCAUCCGGACCAUCCAUUGUGAAAAGCGACUGUUUGUUCAGAGCAGAGCAUCCCCGGGGGUUCUUUGGUUGAGGCGCGGCUCUUCUUUUAUUGUCUUUUCAUCAGUCCUGCUGGGUGACAAACAAGACGGACAAGAUGAAUCACAGCUCAGCUGAAGCGGAGACCGAAACCAUAGAGCCGCUGCGUUACCUCAGUAAAGGCGAAGCGAGCGCCAUUGAGACAGAACUCAUGCGGGACUACAAGUUUGGACAACAGCAGCUCAUUGAGAUCUGGGGACACGCCUGCGCGCUCGCCAUCUCAAAGGCCUACCCUCUCAACUCUUUAGCAAAGAAGCAGCCAACGGUGUUGGUGAUCUGUGGGCCAGAACAGAACGGCUCCAUCGGCCUGGUGUGUGCACGACACCUGCGCAUGUUUGAAUAUGAGCCCACCAUCUACCACCCAAAGCGAUCCCCUCACAGUCUGCAUCAGGAUUUCACGGUUCAGUGUGAGAAGAUGGACAUCCCUUUCCUCUCGUAUCUGCCCACAGAGGUCCAGCUCAUAAACGAUGCUUACAAUUUAGUGAUUGACGCCAUGCUGGGCCCUGAGGAUGACGCCGUGGACAUUAAGGAACCCUACGCUGGGAUUCUGGUCACGCUCAAGCAGGUCAAGAUCCCCAUUGCGAGUGUGGAUGUGCCAUCGGGUUGGGAUGUCGAAGAGGCAGGUGAGGACGGGAUAAGCCCGGAAGUGCUUAUCUCUCUGACAGCACCAAAGAAGUGCGCCAUGAGUUUCUCGGGAAAGCAUUACUUGGCCGGACGCUUCCUGCCGUACGAUAUCCAGAAAAAAUACGACCUCAACCUCCCGGAUUACCCGGGCACAGACUCUCUUAUCGAACUGUAACGCACGGGAAACAUUUUGAUAGCGUCUCUUGGUUUUGCAUCUUCCCGAUGGGAAACAAACAAUAAUGUCUCAAUCGUGUCUUUCGGGCCUUAGUCGCAUUUGCUGUUCAGUGACAGUAGGAGGAUUUAGAACCUGUGACCUGGUGUAUUUUUCUGGACAAGCUUGAGCUGUUUUUGGUGUCAGUUUCCAAAUAAGAACUGUAGCAUUAUACAUGUUGGUUUUAUUUAACUAAAGAGAUUGACCUCUUUUUUUGUUUGAUACUGAAGCGUGCAACUGCUUCAUUUUUAUUUGCAUUCAAGCAAUAUUUUGUUUUAU